AUGCAGAACGACACGCUUGUCCGGAUCCCUGCGAGCGCCUGGGAACAGCUGCGUGAUCUAUACAGGCAGGAUUGGCCGCGCCACGAGAUAGCGUAUAACAAUGUGCAGAACUACAUACGCUGGAUAGAACGAGAUCCCCAGAUUAGCGCAACGUUGAUUGUGUACAGCCUAAAUGGAAGCUGGCGACAAAAUGGCACCUACAUUAUUAUAGAUCACACAGAUGUGUUUAUGUACACGCUGGACAGUACCGGUGAAACGCUAAAGCGAAUGCUGCUUCUGCUCGACUGGCACCAUAGCUAUCUGAUGAACAUGUGCCUGUAUCGUGCCAUCGUACUGGAGGUGUACCGGCUGCAUCGGCUCGAGAUUGCCUUAGACAGUGCCGAUGUCAUCUAUCAUCUUCCGCAGCAGGUCGCGCGCCAUUUUCGAUACGAUCUGCCGGUGGGCCUUACGCUCAAACUGAUCCCACCACACUACGCGUCGUUCAUCUACAACCAGUGGCUGAAUAAAUCCGUCGGCACAGAGUACUUCAUCGAACGGAUGCUCCGGUGGAACGUUUCGAUGGGUCUGUUCUGCGAGGGUGCACGGGAACCGUUGGCAUGGUGCAUCCGCACACAGAACGGUGCGCUCGGGCUGCUCGGUGUGGUCGCCCAACGGAAGGGUUACGGUUCGUUGGUAAUUAAAGCGAUCGCCCGCCGGCUGGCGGAACAAGGAUACAGUACGUAUGCAAGCGUGCGUCGUACGAACCUGGCUUCGCGCAAACUGUUCGAAAAGCUUGGUUUCCGUAUAGUCGGCGAAGCGUGCUGGUUGAAGAACAUGAAGAGCACAUUUGAUGGUACCGAGCUUCUUAAGGUAAUAAAAGCAUGA